ACAAUGCUGCCGUCAAAAGCUUGGAAUAGUCUAUCGCCAGACCUCUACGCUACUUUUUGGGGGCUUACGCUUUAUGAUCUCCAUGUUCCCAGAAAUCGUUAUGAGUCUGAGAUAUCUAAACAGCAUGCUGCCCUUAAGACACUUGAAGAGGUUGCUGAUAAUUCUAGCUCAGCAAUUACGAAGAGAAAAAAAGAGAAGGAAAGGAUUCAAGAGUCUCUUGAUCGUCUAACCGGUGAACUGAAAAAGCAUGAAGAACAUGUUGCUUCUGUCCGUAGAAGGCUUUCACGUGAAAAGGAUACAUGGUUGAGUUCCUGUCCUGAUACUUUGAAGAUCAAUAUGGAGUUCCUGCAACGUUGUAUUUUCCCUCGGUGCACAUUUAGCAUGGCAGAUUCUGUGUACUGCGCGAUGUUUGUACAUAUGCUCCACUCUCUUGGAACACCCUUUUUUAACACUGUCAAUCACAUUGAUGUUCUGAUUUGUAAAACGCUGCAACCAAUGAUCUGCUGCUGCACUGAAU